AUGUACACUUACUACGUUUGUUACGUCAAAACGCGCAGCUGCCUCAACUCCAUAAACAUCUUGCGACGGCAAGAGAAGGCCGCGAAGCUCAAUACGUGUUUCUGCGAUGGCGCGGAGGACUACGAUUGUACGGCCAUCCAUCGCAACAUGGACGAGUUGUGCUUCCAUAGGCCACCCCAGCAUCACAAGUACCGGGAACACGAGCACCAAAAGUCCUCGAUCCUGAGGCCAGGCGACGCAGCAACAGUGUCAUCGGCGUCGAAGGCAUCCGGUAGCAGCGACGUCAACGGUGAUGUCAACUUUGGCUCCGGAAACGCAGCGCAGACGAAUAAAACGCCCGAAAGCGGAGCUGCCCGAGCCACAUCUUGGCAAUUACUACUCGUCGGCCUUGUGCUGCUCCUCCAAACGCCUCUUCUGUGCCAGUCGACCCGAGGUAAUCAAUCCUUUCAUUGA